AUGAAGGUCUCCAGCGCAGGUUUGCUGGUUAUUCUUGCGCACUGUGCUUCCACACACACUUCUGAAGCAUUCUCAAUCAUCACCACAUCAAAGAAUCAUGCAACCGGUGCUACUGCCUUGAGAAGCACUGCUGAGCCACAAGCAAAGACUGAGUUCAACUUGAAUGAAUACAUCAUGGCCAUGCAGCCAGAUAUAACAAAGGCACUAGAAGAAACUUGUGUCAGUCUAGACCCACCCAUGACAGAUUUGAUUUCUGAAUCGAUGAGGUAUUCUCUAAUGGCUGGCGGAAAACGUAUCCGACCUGUUUUGUGCCUUGCAGCCUGCGAAAUGUUCGGAGGAAGCAAGGAAGCAGCCAUACCAACUGCAGCAGCUUUAGAAAUGAUCCACACAAUGAGCUUGAUUCACGAUGAUCUGCCGAGUAUGGACAAUGAUGACCUACGAAGAGGAAAACCCACAAAUCACGUUGUAUACGGCGAGGAUAUUGCAAUUUUGGCCGGAGAUGCCAUGCUCAGCACAAGUUUCGAAGUGGUUGCAAAGCAAACACCAAGAGACUUGGUAGAUGCCGAAAGAAUCUUGGAUGUAAUUGGGCGUUUAGGAAAGUCGGUUGGAGCAAAGGGCCUCGCAGGAGGUCAAGUCAUGGACCUUAUCUGUGAGGGAAAAGGAAACGAUGUCACCAUCGAUGACCUAAGAUGGAUUCACACCCACAAAACUGCUGCGCUUUUGGACGUUGCGGUUGCAUCGGGGGCGAUUUUGGGCGGUGCUACCCCUGAAGAAGUGAAGGCUUGCGAGAUUUUUGCUCUCAAUAUUGGGCUUGCAUUCCAAGUUGCUGAUGACAUUUUGGAUGUCACUCAAUCAACAGAGGAACUUGGCAAAACCGCUGCCAAAGACCUUGAAGCGGAUAAGACUACAUACCCAAAGCUCUUGGGACUUGAGGGAGCUCGAGCUGAAGCAGAAAGACUUGUUGUUGUUGCGAAAGAAGCAAUGGCACCAUUCGGGGAUCGUGCAGUCCCGUUGUUGGCACUUGCCGAUUACAUCAUCGAUCGAAAGAAUUAG